GUUUUAUCUUCAAGUAAAAUUUGUUAAUUAUAUUACCAUUCAGAUGUCAGAAAAAGAAAGUCUUAUCAAAUAUUUUCUCAGUGGCGGUUUUGGUGGAAUAUGUACUGUUAUAGUGGGUCAUCCUUUAGACACGAUAAAACUGCACCUAAUCUAAUUGUAAGUAGGAUUAUUAAGUCCUACUUAGGAUUGAACUGUCUUUUUCUGAAGAGGAGUGGCCCUAAUAAUGGAUAUGUUAGGUUCGUCUUCAAACUAUGCCUAUACCAGGCCCAAACGGAGUGCUUUUAUAUAAUGGAACUAUAGAUUGUGCUAAGAAAACAAUUGCAAAAGAAGGAAUACGUGGAUUAUAUAAGGGUAUGGGUGCACCUUUAUGUGGUGUGGCUCCAAUAUUUGCUAUAAGUUUUUAUGGAUUUGGAUUGGGCAAACAAUUAGUACAAAGAAAUAAUGAGGAAUUAACUCCUUUUCAACUGUUUUAUGCUGGUGCAUUUAGUGGUAUCUUUACAACUAUUAUAAUGGCUCCUGGUGAAAGAAUAAAAUGUCUCUUACAAACACAACAAGGUAUAAAAUCUAAAUAUAGUGGUCCAAUUGAUUGUAUGAAACAACUUUAUAAGGAAGGAGGGAUUAAAAGUAUUUAUAAAGGUACCUGUGCUACUCUUUUAAGAGAUGUUCCUGCCAGUGGAAUGUAUUUUAUGACAUAUGAGUGUUUAAAAAAGUGGAUGUCUUCUGAAGAAGGUAAACUAGGAAUACUUCAAACAAUUAUGGCUGGUGGUUUUGCUGGUAUUACAAAUUGGAUUGUUGGAAUGCCACCUGAUGUAUUAAAAAGUCGUUUACAAAGUGCUCCAGAUAGUACUUUUAAAAACGGAAUUCGAGAUGUUUUUAUAAUUUUAAUGAAAGAAGAAGGACCAAAGGCAUUAUAUAAAGGAUGUGUGCCUGUGAUGCUUCGUGCAUUUCCAGCAAAUGCAGCAUGUUUUCUUGGAUUUGAGAUUGCUAUGAAUUUCUUGAAUUGGGUACUGUGA